GCUCACCUUACAGGUGCUCUGCCGACACACGAUACCUGUGGAGCGCGGUCCACUGCACGCUGACAUGGAACCAGCGUACCGCGGUCUGGGUCGCUGUGUUUGUUGUUUCUGGCUGGCUGUGGCCUUCGACGUCGUCGGACUGCUCGUCCUUCUCAUCGGCGUGUUCGUGAAUGUUUUUUUCUACGACCUGCUCAUCUACGCCGGCGCCAUCGUCAUCUUCCUCAGCCUCGUGUGGUGGGUGUUUUGGUACUCCGGCAAUAUCGAGGUGCUCUCCGCGGAACUGGAGGAUGACGUGGGCCUAACAAAGAAGGACAAGGGCGGUCUGAGCGGCAUCGGCGGGGCGGUCCGGCGGCUGUCCAACCGCGUGUCCAGCGGCAUCAGAAGUUCGUUGCGCAGGAACGGCAGCGCCGGCCGGAGGGGAGGCGCGCGGACGCCGGUUGCGGAUCCGACUGGGGCCCCGCACUCGGAGCAGGUGGUCGUUGCCAUGGCAACCUUGACGCCAAAUGAGCCAACUUUACGGACUUCUGUCUCUUCGGUGGGGUGCUAUGAUGCGGAGAUGCCUUCCACAGCAACAGAGACCUCACCUACGUAACGGAAGACCAGGGAAACUCUGUGAAUUCAUUGCUGACGCGGGAAGAGUCAAGUCGACUUGAUUCAGUGAUUUUUUUAUUUUAUUUUUAAUAUAAUUGUAUUUUAUUUUCUAUAAUGUCCAUGUUGAUUCAAACAGGCAAACAGAUGCGGUUGAUGGAUAUCAAUUUGCAAUUGUCGUCACCAUGAUAAGGAAUGAUUUAUAUUUUCAAUAAAAAUGUUUAUCUGUCUUUACCUUGGAAGCAUGAAUUCAGACUGUAUGGAUUUAAUGUGAUUGCGAGACCAAGUUGUAAAGCCCUUAAUCGACGGAACUCACUUUGAGAUCGUGACUCUCUCCACAGUUUUAAUACCCGUCUAAUAAAUCUUUUUCGGUUUGUACAAUACGUCUGACGACUACACAUUUUGCUACUUUAUUUUCAUGAGAUGCAUAUUAGCUUAUUAUAGGGUGACCUUCAUUGCCGAAAAGCUUCUACAAUAAAAAUGUGUUAAAUU